AUGGGUUCUGUAAAAUCUAAAGCCAUUCAGCCAACUACUUUAGAUUUAACUGAAUAUCUGAAAGAACAGGAAAGAAAUGUCAAGUCAACAAAAGAAAAACAGAAUUCAUCACAUUCGCCUGUUAACGAAUUUCUUUUAAAUACCUCACUCCAUGGAGUGAGUCACAUAGCAAGGUCAAGUUCAUGGUGCCACCGUUUGGUGUGGUCAAUGGUUGUGUCUGUGUGCCUAGUUGGAUUCAUCGUCCAGGUGUUCAUGGUGAUCGAAAAUACAGUAACAAGUCCAAGGAUGUACACUUUCGUCACUGAACAGGAAAAUAUUCUCAUCACCCCUGACAAAAACUUGCCCCUUUAUCCAGCGGUCACACUUUGUAGUCACUCACCCUUCAAAAGACUAGCAAAGUCAAGCACAGCCGAAUCUCUGAAGUUUUUAGGACUUACUCUGGGUUAUCCGUUUGUUGACCUGAAUAUCAAGGAAUGGGUGGAGCUCUACGAAGCGUUAAUUAAUUCAACAGAAACAGAAAAUGUUGAUUUAGUAAAACGCUGGAGCCGUACUUCCUUGGAUUUAUCAGCUAAAUCUGACAAUUCAGGCUACAUUAAAGAUAAGAUCAUUCAAUACAGCCUCAGGUGUGAAGAGUUUUUUCUUCAGUGCAACUUUGCCAACGACAUGGCUGACUGCUGUGUCCAUUUUGAAACGGUCAUUACAACGUCAGGUGUUUGUUUCACCUUCGCUCCUAACAAAACAUGGCAGAAUAUGAUGAUUCGGUCCAACGUUUUCUCCGUGGACUUUAGACUCCCAGGAAAUUCAGUCCAUCUAACUGAAGAAGAAGGGGUUGCCAUAUCUCUUCAUGAUCCAAGAGAGUUUCCUUCAAAUUCCAUCAUAAAGAAUAGCGUCGGGAUUUGGCCUGGGAUGAUCGUGAACCUCGGGCUUCAUCUGAUCCAGAAUGACUUCACUUCGAAGCUGUCUAAACUUCCAGGCGACAUCUUUACCCGCUGCUAAACAACCAGUCCUCCCAAUUCUCAACAGACCUCACACCAAAUCAAACUGUGAAGUGGAAGUAGCUAUCCAUCUGAUCCGAACGUUCUGUAACUGUACUCUAGUGCUUGCCCCUUCCCUUGACAACAGCAGUAAUUAUUUCCGCUACUGUUCACCUGAGGAUUUUCUUGGAUGCAUUAUCCC